CGUUUGUGUAUGAUAUUUGGUUGAGAGGAAUUGGUCUACGAUUAAAAAUAACCUGUCAGUGGUUGCGGUAAAAACGUACAUUAUUUCAAUAAUGAAUACCAUGUACAGAAACUUAUCGAUACCUAUACGAUAUUUGGUACUUACGAGAAAUCCGCUAUUUCAAAAAGGCUCCUUGAUUCGGAGAAUGACCGUGGAGAUCGAUAAGGAGGAAUUGAAAAAGCGCUUGACACCGCUGCAGUGGCACGUCACGCAGGAAAAGGGCACGGAGAGGCCUUUCUCCGGCUGCUACAACAAAUACUAUGAGAAAGGCACAUACACUUGCAUAAUUUGUGAUCAAGAAUUGUUCUCUUCUGACACAAAGUACGACAGUGGUUGUGGCUGGCCUGCAUUCAAUGAAGUAUUAGAUCAGGGACGAGUCAAGUUGACCAAAGACACUUCACAUGUUGGUGGAAAUCUACUACUGCUGAUCGCAAACCCAGAUAUGGUGCGGACCGAGGUGACCUGUUCAAAGUGUGGUGCACAUUUGGGACAUGUAUUUAACGAUGGGCCAAAACCUACAAGGAAGCGAUUUUGCAUCAACUCUGCAUCCAUAAACUUCCAUCCAGCAGGAGAAGAGAAGAAAACGACAUCAUAAAAUUAGAACAUAAAUUUUUAAUGAAAUUUUUGAAAAUGUUUAAAAUAUCUGACUUAUCACAUUGAUGAAAAAAAAAAGUUUAUAUUUCUUAAUAGACAUGACUCUGAUAUUUUGUAAUUUGCUACUAUUUUGUUACUCUCUAGAAUUGUGAAGUUUCUUUAGCAAUGAAAACAAACAUAUUACCAAUGACAAAUAUUUUCAUCUUGACAUACAUAUUCAAUAAUUAUUAUGAAUAUGUAUCGUGCAUCAUAAACUCUAAGUUCAAUUCCAUUCGUUAAAAAACAUAAAUUAUAUUAUACAAAUGUAUAUUUAUAGCGAUAUUGAUUGCAAUAUUAUAAUUUUAGCAUAAAUUCUGUACAUACACUCUAAAUGACUGUAAAAUAAUACAUUUAGUGUGUAUAAAGUAUAAAAAUUUAAUGUAAAACACUUAAAAACUAAUUUAUAAAAACAUUCUGUUAUUUUUUCAUGUUACACAUAAUGAACAGAACGUGUAAAUAAUACGUAUUAUUUAUUUGUCUCAAUAUAUUAAUUAUAUGAAAA